UUGGCGUAAUAGUUCCCAAAUAGGAAAUGUUGAUUUUUGUAUACCAAUUGGUUCGGUGAUGACCGAAGAAUCCCGAGCCCCGAAAGCAUCUGCCGUCUUGUUGUAAGAAUCGGGGCAAAACCUUCACAGCACCAAGUUCUUGUGUUAAUUUGCUAUUCCCGGCCGCAGACCCCGCUUUAUCUUCGUUGAGAGCGAGAGCGAGAUGGAGCAGACCUCAGGUUACAAGGAUUACAUAGCAGGCUUGCUCGCCGGCGUGGCUAUUGUUGUCACUGGUCAUCCCUUCGAUACCGUUAAGGUGAAGCUGCAAAAGCACAACACUGAUGCUCAAGGUGCAAGAUAUCGGAAUGGUCUGCAUUGCACGGCUAGGAUAUUGAAGACAGAAGGAGUGAAAGGACUUUAUAGGGGCGCAUCGUCUUCAUUUGUAGGGAUGGCUUUUGAGAGUUCACUGCUUUUCGGCAUGUAUUCCCAAAUAAAACAAUCACUACAGGGUGAACUUCAAAGUGAUAAACCACAUUUUUCCACAAUAAUUCCAGCCGCCUCUUUCAGUGGUGCUGCAAUCAGCUUUAUUCUAUGUCCGACAGAGCUGGUAAAGUGCAGGAUGCAAGUUCAAGGAACGGAUUCCUUGGUUCCCAUGUCAAACAGAUACAGUGGUCCUCUUGAUUGUGCCAUUAAAACCAUGAAGCAUGAGGGGGUUGCAGGAAUUUUUCGAGGAGGCUUGACAACAUUAUUUAGGGAAUCUAUAGGAAAUGCAGCUUUCUUUUGCACCUAUGAACAUGUGAAGUAUUAUAUGAAUUUGCAGUUUAAGGAUGCACACAAACAGAACAACCUGGUUGAUGUAGGAAUUGGCAUAAUGAGUGGUGGUCUAAGUGGUAUAGCAUUCUGGUCAGCAGUUUUGCCAUUGGAUGUAGCAAAAACCUUAAUUCAGACAGACCCAGAUCGAAGCUCAACUAAAAAUCCAUUCCAAAUCUUGACAUCGAUUCACAGGAGGUCAGGACUUAGUGGAUGCUAUACCGGUCUAGGCCCAACAAUAAUGAGGGCUUUUCCUGCUAAUGCAGCUGCAAUUGUAACCUGGGAACUGGCAAUCAAAUUUUUGGGCAUAAAGCAUGAUUAGAUAUCGUGUAAGACAAGCUUACAACAAAAUUUAAAGGCUUGAUCAUUUAGAGGGUUCAAUUCCCCAUCUGUUACUCAUCUUUGAAGUGCUGAAGAAUGAAGAAUUUUUGUGUGCUAAGGACUCUGUUCAUUUUUUUUAAACAAGGUUGAUGAUUGGCAUGCUCUGUUUUUCCGCUUGACCAUCGCAACCAAAAUAUUUAUGAGCACUGGAUGGGGAACUGUUGUUCAUGAAUUCCAAUAUUCUUAUUCUAAACUAGUUAAUUAUUUUCUUUUGUUCUAUGAGGUUUAUAGUUUAUUCAAUGUUUUGAUCUCUUGUGCAAGGUUAUCCACCUUUGUUUGUUUAGCUUUUUGCUGCCAUUUGAUAUCGUAUAUUAGUAUUGCACAACUGAAGAUUUGUAAAACCUCAAAUCCUUAAGUGUAAUAUAUCAACUCUAUGCUUAAAUUUCCUUGCAGUUAUAUUCACUUGUAUGUUAGUUGAGGUGAAAAUUUGUAUUUUGCCUCU